AUGUGGUUCCCACGUCGCCGUCUCCGUCUCGCCCUUGCCGGCCUCGCCCACGCUGAGCUCGCGUCUCGCCGUUCUCAUCCGCAAACAGCCUUAGAGCACGCUACGGGACGCUCGUCAACCGUGUCGUCCGCGCGCGUGCGCGAGCUCGAGGACGAGCUCAACGUUCUGAAAAAGCAGAUGGCGGCGUUGAUGUCCGCGAGUACAGUGCAGGUGCAGCGCGGUGCGACCGCUCCUGGAGAGCCCGCUGCCGCCGUCCCCAUCCCUCAGAGCAAGUCGGUGUUUGCACCGACUGUCUUCAGUGCCGGGCCGACCUCGCGGGACAACGCUACGUCAGAUCUGACCAAGGACCCGCCUCCACUGGGGCCAUCCAGCAGAAUUGACCCCUCGGGGCCGCUGGGACGCGCACUCGGACUGAGCACGACCCACGUCUCGGCCCCGACCGCUACGACUGCACCCCCGGUGCAUAUGCCUGCUUCAGUCAGCAAUGUAUUCAACAUGGCCGCGCAGGCUCAGGCUACCAUGGGGUUGGCACCCGGGAACAACGCUCCUCCGGAAGCACCCCGCGUGUACCCAGUACGGAAGCCAAACAAUCCCACUAAGUACUCGGGGAAGGCGGAUCUCGUCGCCUUCCAACGUUUCGCACAGGAGAUUCACGUGUACAACCGGGGAUACCAUAUCGCCCUGGAAGACCAAGUAUUCUAUGCGUCGUACUACCUGACGGACAGGGUGUACGACUUUUAUUUGUUUAACGCUUCUGCGGAUCCCGGCCGUUGGACUAUGGAGGACUUUUUACGUUCCUUCUUUGACCAUUGCUUCCCGGAUGACUUCCGCCAGCAGAAGCGUAAUCAAAUAAUGAAAAUGUAUCAGGGGACGCGCUCCGUAAAGGAGUUCGUGCAGGAACUGACGUCCGCGUACUCAGUACUGAACGAGGACCCCCCGGAGGCCCACGCACGACGCCUGUGGGCCGGUCUUGCAAGCCACAUCCAGAGCGGCCUUUGGUUGCGUGACUUGCACAUGGAGACGGCCACUUGGGACCAGAUUGAGCGGGCUGCACUAGCGAUUGAACGCGCCGGCCAGAACAGCCGGGACGCGCGAACACACGACCGUGAACCACACCCUCAACCGCCCACUGGUGGGCAGGACAAGUCACACACACAGCAGCCAUCACGCGUGAGCCUGAUCGCCCCAACCGAGCGCACUCAGCACGAGAAUGGACAGCAGCAGCCCCGCGCAUUCACCCGGCCGACCAAUGGAUGGUCGGGAACGACGCCUAAGAACAGUGGCGUGCUGUCUGUCCCGCAACAACAGCACAAAAAGCCCGUGCAGAGCCACGGAGGGCAACGCGCGGGCGGUAGCAGCAACGGAAAGCCAUUGCGGCCGGACUCGAAUAGCAAGCCAUUGGGGAACAGCCUAUCUUGUUACAUUUGCGGCAACCCCAACCAUUUCCAACGGAAUUGUCCCUGCGCAUCGAACGUGCCAUCGCGAUCCAAGGGAAAGCCCCCAGGUCUUCAGACGUUCAGCGUCGGAAUUGACUUUUCCGACACUGAGGCGAAGCGCGGACUGGCCGAGACGACGGAGCAGUUGGGCGCGAUUCGUCUGAACGCCAUAGAAUUAGCUAUCGAAGAUCGUGGAGAAGAGCGGUACUCACGCGACGUUGGGCCUUCAUGGGCGACGUUGCAGGAUGGGUACCGCGCAGGCGUCCGGUUCUGGGCGUCCUUGGACACGGUGUACACCCUACGAAGUCCGACGCCGGAGCCCUCUCCAACACCCUCAGUCGUCUCUUCAGACGACGAGGACGAGGAAAUGCCGGAGCUACAGUCGGCUAGCGAGGACGAAGAAAUGUCAGACAACGAGGAUGACAAGGAGAGCUCAGAGGACACGUACUACUCUGCCUCUUCUGGCGAGCUAUCGGAGAGUGAGAACGAACGACUCUCCGAGCGUGACCCACCUUCAGCGCACCACGUAUAUCACCCUCCUUCGAUGGAGGACGCGGAUGACGACACAGGCAAUGACGCUGAGGACGAGGACGACUCGUACCAAAGGCGGCUGACUGUCCGACCCAUGCCUGCAUCCCACGACGUCCAUGGCCCCUUUGACAAAGAGGACAAAGUCUUCAGGCUGGCAGGCGAGGACUCCCUCGAGUGGGAAGACGAUGGUGGCGACUUGUCGGGGACGGUCAUAGCCUGGACGGGCGAACCUGAGAGAUCUAUCUUCGGCGACGGUUCACGGUCGUCUGUAGAGGACCCUCGCGUCAGCUACUACUCGUUCUUCACGAUAGAAAAGGAAUUCACUCCGUUCCACCGCCUCGUUCUGCCUUCGCGACCAGAUCGAACGGGCGAGCAUCGUCGACUGGGCCGGGUGAACUGGCCUGGGCCGACAGACGUCGUGCCGCAUUGCAGCACGCUGGGACGAUUUGUCUCCACGGCUCUCAACCGCGAGCUGCCCUACCCUGAGGACGUGCGCGCCGUGUGGCUCUUGGAAGAGGGCAUCCCGCGGACCGGGUCCCUCCCUGUGCUCCUGCGCGACGCGAGAGCGAUGGAGCAACUCGUAGUUGCGGAGAGCACGACGCUGUGCAUCGACGUCCAGAUCUCCACGAUCCAGACCUGCAGCGCCCCAGUUGGUGGGGUCUGCGCCCUUGCCCUUGAGAGCGCGGUGCUCCUCGCGCGCCUCCCAAUCAUCUCCCACAGUGGACGCGUCGUCCGACGGGGCGACGUCGUGCAUCCGUGGGGUAUUAAAUUCCACGCGGCGAUUAACCCGCUCUUCGACGCGGGAUGCGCGCGCGAGCUCCUCGCUCAGCGGCUCGCGCAAUCCGUAUCCACCCACCGGCGAGAUGCUCGCGAGAGCCUCGUUCAUCCUCGCAUGGAAGCUGUCGUUGGGGUCGGGGUACGGCGUGUGGUAUAUCUCCGUGUGCUCCUCGAGCUCCUCCGAUGA